UUCAAUGGAGAGGAGUAUAACAACACAGGAGAAAUGACUUCAGAAGUUCCCAAGUGGCUGUCCUUCUUCAAGGAGGCUGGAAUUCCUCCCUCUGUGGCCAGCAAUUAUGCAAUUGCAUUUUGUGAUAAUCGAAUACAAAAGGACAUGCUUCCAGAACUGACAAAGGAGAUUUUGCGUGACAUGGGUAUUAUGGUUAUGGGAGAUAUAAUUGCAAUUCUAAGACAUGCAAAGCAAGUCCAUGCACAGACUCAAAAGGAAAAAGCAGUCAAGGCUCUGGAAAUUAUUGAAGAACAGGAGAUUGUAUCAGAAACAAACUCUCCAAAAGUAUCUUCAGCUGCUAGUCGCAUGGUUGACCACUGGAUUAAUAACCAGAGGAUGUCAAGUGGAACUAAGAGCCCUGUAUCUGGUACUGAAUCACCUGGGAACCGUUUCUUGAAGAAGAAAAUGACCAUCCAAACAAAAACUGGCUCCAAAAGCCCAACAGCUAGUACUGCUUCCCCAGAUCAUUCCUUACUAAAGAAACGACUGACUAUCCAUGCAAGUACCUCUGAGUAUGAACCAAUGGCCAAAAAAGGAGCCACAUCACUGUCAGAAAGGUUCAGUACCAAGGCAGCAGCAGCCUCACCUCUAGUUACUUCAACCACCAAGAAAAAAAUAGUGCCAAAAGUACAACGAAUAAGUGUGCAAGUACCAAAUGACACCAAGAAACUAGGUAUAAAACAAAAACAAACUGCUUUGACAAAACAGAAACAAGGUGUUUCUGCGGCUGUUGCUAAAACAAAGACACCCAAAAAGCAAUCUGUGUUUGACCGACUUGGUGACGAAAUUGAUAUCCCAUCUAAACCAGAAAUCCACACAGUCAGCUCUACUAAUACUAGUGCUAAGAAAACCCAGCCAGCACUGAAACCCCUAAAAACAAGUAUAACUGCACCUAAGGGUACCAUCAAGACUAAUGCAUCAGCAAUAUCUGGAGUAGAGUUACCAAAAUCAGUGUUCAGUCGUCUUGGAGGGAUAGCUCCUACAUCAUCCACCCAAAAGGUUACAAUCCAGCCUGUCCUUCCUUCCAAGCGGCAACAGGUCAUUGAUGUCUCUAGCCUAUCAGAUGAUGACAAUAAUCAAUACGAAGAAAUAGACUAUACAACCCAUAGUGUUCUUCGUCCCCCACCCAAGAAAAAACAAACUGUUAAAGUAAAACCUGUUAAGACUGUGAAGCCCGUGAAGCGGACAGUAGGAGUGGUUUCUCAGAUUAGUGACACUACUAAAUCUGUAUUUUCAAGAUUAGGGCCAAAAUAAUGGAUUUAGUUAGCUUAUUUUUAGCAGAUUUUCAAACCUAAGGAAAAGAGCUUUUUAAUGAAUAUUCUGCAGAUAUCUUCUCAAGAUCAGCUUCAGCACAAUGAUCCCAGAAAAUCAGAGGCAAAGAAAAUGUCUGAAAGUCACUCUAGGGCUGUCUCAUGAUAUGCUUCCCCCAACUGCCCAACCCCUAAAAGAUAAAACGAAAGGGAGUGUGUGAAAAGUAUUUGUCAAUCCGGGCGACAAGAUCUCCCUAAAAAACGUGGACAUGACCUCUAAAAAACAGCUUCAAUGGUUUUGCCUCUAAAAAUAUGCAGUUUUUUUAUUAAGCUAUUUUGGAAAAACUGAUGUUUUAGGGUUGUUCUAGAGCUGUUUUAUCACAUGGGAUACCAGAAACAACGCUUAAAUUUCUCAGUUGUUUCCACUGACAAAAUUCCGUUUGACAUUUGUCGAAACUGGGAUUAAAAUUUGUUUAGUUCUAAUGAUUAUAAUAUUAUAUAAAUAUAUUUUGUAAUUUUCAAUAUUUUGAAAACUCAACAGCUGCAAGUUGCGUUUGAAUUUGAUUUCUUACUGUUAACAGCCAAAAAUAUAUAAUAUACCUCAUAGUGAUAAAAAUGUCAAUGAAAAACCACAUUUCAGUAUGCAUGCAGCUUAAAGUUUAUAUCAUAUUGAAAACUACUAUGAAGUCUAUGAGAGACAUUUUGAGCUUGGCUGUGCAUUUUUCCAUUCUUAUGGGGAAAAAUUAGAUUGGCAAAGUAUCUUCUCAAGCAUUACUGAUUUAAGAAAGAAAUAAUACUCUUGGUUUUCAUAGUCCACUUAAAAAAUUUAAUGGUCUGAUAUGUUUUUUAAAUUAUUUUUUAUUGAUUAUGUUGAAUCUGUUGUAAAAAAAAGUUAUGAAGUUUUAUUCUAUAAUUUUGAAUGGUCUUCAUUGUUAUGGAGCUAUAAAUCGUUAUGCAAGAACAGGAGACUAUUUCCUAGACCAUACCACUAUUAUUAUGAGGCCUAUUAUACCUGUACAAGUAACCUUCAA